AUGCACUCCUCUGUGGCAGCAACGGUGCGCGGCACUGCUAGGCAGCAGGCCACAGGUGCCGACCGCACCAAGGACAAGGCAGACCGAGCCACCUACCAGACUGUGCUGGACCCUCGCACCCGCCUGGCGUUGGUGAAGAUGCUGAACAGCGGGUUGUUCUCGGAGCUGAACGGCUGCGUGUCCACGGGCAAGGAGGCCAAUGUGUACCAGGCAGUCACAGCAGGCGGCGAGGACCUAGCAGUCAAGAUCUACAAGACCUCUAUCUUGACCUUCAAGGACCGCGACAGGUAUGUGAGCGGGGACUUCCGCUUCAAGUCGUACUGCAAGAGCAACCCGCGCAAGAUGGUCAAGGUGUGGGCCGAGAAGGAGUUCCGUAACUUGGCGCGCAUGCGUGCGGCCGGCAUCCGCAGCCCGCAGCCCAUCCACCUGCGCAUGCACGUCCUCGUCAUGGAGUUUGUCGGCUCCAAUGGCGUCGCUGCCCCCCGCCUGAAGGACGCGAAGGCUCCGCAGCAGCAGAUGCAGAUCUUCUACACGCAGAUGGUGCUGUUUGUGCGCCAGAUGUACCAGGAGUGCCACCUGGUGCACGCUGACCUGUCCGAGUACAACAUCCUCGUCCACAACGAGGAGCUGUGGAUCAUUGACGUGAGCCAGGCGGUGGACCUGGACCACCCGCGGGCGCUUGACUUUCUGCGUGAGGACGCGCUGCACGUCAACGACUUCUUCCGGCGCGCUGGCGUGGCGACGCUGACCGUGCGCGAGCUCUUCGAUUUUGUUGUCGACCCCCACAUCAACCCCGGGAAUAUUGACGCCGCCGUAGACGCGCUCAUCUGCGUGGCAUCCUCGCGCCCAACUGUGCAGGAUCCCGAGGACGCCAUGGCUGACAAGAUCUUCCAAGGGGCGUACAUCCCGAGGAGGCUGGAGGAGGUGGACGACCACGAGGGGGACUUUGAGCGGCUUGCGGCUGGGGGUGACAAGCGCGCGACGGAGGGUAUUUACUACCAGACGAUUACCGGCAUGCGACCGGACAUGACCGGCGCGGCCGCGGCUCCCGCCGUCGUCGAGGCGGCUGCCCUCCUGCCCGGCAACCGCGCCCGGCCGGGCAGCUCCGCCUCCGACGAAGAGGACUUCGACCUGGAAGCGCGACUGAGCGGCGCUGCCGGUCGCAGCGCAGAAGCCGCCCCAGCAGGAAAGGCUGAGCAGCAGUCAUCUGAGGCGGAUCCAGCAGCAGCAAAGCACAAUGCUAGUGGGGGCUCUGACAGCAGUGGUAGUAGCAGUGAUGAAGAAUCUGACAGUGAUCAGGAUGGAGAGGAUGGCGGGGAAGGGAGGGAGGAGCGGGUGAAGAAGGACCCGGAAGCUGAGAAGGCGGCCAGGAAGCAGCACAAGGCGGAGGUAAAGGAAGCCAACCGUGAGAAGCGCAAGCACAAGCUCAAGAAGCACGUCAAGAAGCGCGCAAUCAACAAGCACAGGCACAAGUAG